AUGACAACACCAGAGCUAGCGAUCGUUUGCCCAAGCGACUCGGUGCCGAUUAAAGGCCGAUAUGUGACCCUCGAAGCUUUCCGGGAAGAUCACGCACCAAGCUUGUGGACGCACUUCGAACCGGGCCCAGUCUCUGAGCUCUUCCGCUAUAUUCCCGUCCCCGUGGCCAAAAAUGCUAAAGAAUUGGAAGCUUUAAUGCUGAGUCUCCCGUCCAAAUAUGGAUUCGUCCUGUACGCCAUCGUGGGAGAUCCACCCGCGCGCGAGACCCUGGGCGUGAUCGGCUUCCUAGACAUCCGCCCGCAAUAUCGGGCGUUGGAAACAGGGGCCGUGAUAUUCUCGCCUGCUCUGCAGAGGACUGCCGCCGCGACGGAAGCUCACUAUCUCCUGCUCCGACAUGUUUUGGACAAAGAUCCGCGGUCCGACCACGAGCCUUAUAGCCGUGUUGCAUACAAGUGUCACACUCUGAACGGCAAAUCGCGCCGAGCAGCAGAACGUCUUGGAUAUGUUUAUGAAGGGACUUUCCGCAAACAUAUGGUCGUGGAUGGACGACCGCGGAGUUCGGAUUGGUUGAGCAUCAUCGAUGAUGACUGGCCGCUGGUCAAGCGUGCCUUGGAGGGAUGGCUCGAUGAAAACAAUUUCGAUGCAGAUGGAAGACAAUUGAGAACACUCGAGAACAUACGGAAUAGCUUAUAG